AUGGGGACACCGGGCUACGGACGCUACCGGGCCCUGAUUUUCUCGGCCAUGUUCGUGGGGUACACCCUGUACUACUUCAACCGCAAGACCUUCUCCUUCGUCAUGCCCGCCCUCAUGGGCGAGAUCGCCCUGGACAAGGAUGACCUGGGGCUCAUCACCAGUAGCCAGUCGGCGGCCUACGCCAUCAGCAAGUUCGCGAGCGGCGUCCUGUCCGACCGGAUAAGCGCCCGCUGGCUCUUCUCGUCCGGCCUGCUGCUGGUGGGGCUGGUCAACGUGGUGUUCUCCCGGAGCUCCACCGUGCCCGUCUUCGCCACCCUCUGGUUCCUCAACGGCCUGGCGCAGGGGUUCGGGUGGCCGCCCUGCGGGAAAGUGCUGCGGAAGUGGUUUGAGCCGUCCCAGUUUGGCACGUGGUGGGCCAUCCUGUCGACCAGCAUGAACCUGGCGGGGGGCCUGGGCCCCAUCCUGGUGACGCUCCUGGCGCAGACGUCCAGCUGGCGCGGCACCCUGGCGCUGUCGGGUGCCCUCUGCGUGGCCGUCUCCUUCCUGUGCCUCGGCCUCAUCCGCAACGAGCCGGCCGACGUGGGUUUGCGUAACCUCGACGUCGCCCCGUCCAAGGGCAAGAAGGGCCCCUCGAGCGCAGACAGCACCCUGAGGGAGCUGCUGCUGUCGCCGUACCUGUGGGUGCUCUCCACCGGCUAUCUGGUCGUCUUUGGCGUCAAGACCUGCUGCACCGACUGGGGCCAGCUCUUCCUCAUCCAGGAGAAGGGGCAGACCGCCCUCGUGGGCAGCUCCUACAUGAGCGCGCUGGAAAUCGGAGGCCUGGUGGGAAGUGUGGCGGCCGGAUACCUCUCGGACCGGGCCGUGGCCAGGGUGGGGCUCUCUCUGCACGGGAACCCCCGCCACGGGCUGCUGCUCGGCAUGAUGGCAGGGAUGGCCGCCUCCAUGUACCUGUUCCGGGUCACCGUCACCGCCCACUCCUCCAAGGCCGCUCCCUUCUGGAUUCUGGCUCUGGGCCCUCUGACCGCCGUCACGGGCUUCACAGAGCACGAGCUCUGGAUCCUGGUCCUGGGCGCCGUCUUCGGCUUCUCCUCCUGCGGCCCCAUCGCCCUGUUCGGGGUCAUCGCCAACGAGAGCGCGCCCCCCAACCUGUGCGGCACCUCCCACGCCAUCGUGGCACUCAUGGCUAACGUGGGGGGCUUCCUGGCCGGGCUGCCCUUCAGCACCAUCGCCAAGCACUACAGCUGGGACACGGCUUUCUGGGUGGCCGAGGUGACCUGCGGGGUCUGCACCCUCGCUUUCUUCCUCCUCCGUAACGUCCGCACCAAGAUGGGCCGGCUGCCCAAGAAGGCCGAGUGAGGGUGCCCGGGAGAGGCCCCUCGGGGGGCAUCCUGCCCCACGGACGACGGGUCCUCAUUCAGCCUUGGGCCUCUGCCCGUCGUGGGGCUGGCUGUUUGUCAGAUCGUUUGUUUCCGGCCGCCCUUCGCCUCCUGCUUUAUUUAAAUAACAACCUUCGCCCUCAGCCCGACGUCAGCAUCCCCCCCGCAGUCUGCCCCAAACAAACAGUUUCUCCAACGGCCACCCAGGGCUGCCCCGCUCCCAGCCCACCUAGUCGGCCCCCGGCCAGUUGCAGCAGCUGCGGACGCCGUGGGACUUUCAACAUGACCCGCGGGACAGCGGACGGUGGCAGCUGCCCUGGCCCGGCCGCGCACCCUGUAGAAAAGAACUAGGUUUGAUACAAA